GCUGCCGUACUGCGGCUUCGCCAGCGCCAGCUGAGACUCGGCUGUUUCCUCUUCAAUCGCGCUCCCUUCACGUCCAAGUAAACAUGUCUGUAAUGGGAGCUGGUACGAGAGGCUUUUAUUUCAACACAGUCCUGUCGCUGGCUCGCUCUCUCGCUGCCCAUCGCCCGGCACCGCUCGAAAAGGUCCAGAAGCUACAAUGCAUGUGUCCACAGGAGGUCCGCGGCGUUUACUCGCUGGAUGUGCGUCGCAGAGACGCUGUCAUCGCUCUGGCAGUGUUUCUGGUGGAAUCUGGUUUACAGCACAAAGACAUGCUUGUUUCAUACUUGCUGAGCCUAUUGAGAGGACUGCCCCGGGUCCAGUGGGUCGAGGAGAGCUCAGGAAAGAAAGGAAAGGAAUUUCUCCCAGUUGCAGAAAACUUCAGCUUUUGUUUAGUGACUCUCUUGGCAGAUGUAGCUCAACAGGAUCCAGACUCCAGAAGUGAGAUCAUGACCGCUAUAAUGGAGGUUAUGCAGACAUUACAGGACAUGUGUCAAACACCUGAUAAUCACGACAAAGUUUACCUGUGUAGGUAUCUUGUCCCCAGCCUGUUCGGAAUGACCCGAGCUUUCGGCCGCUACAGCAACACGGACGAAGCGCUGCUGUCCAAGUUGUUCCCCAAGGACUGGCCUCAGGCCCGACGCGUCACAGAGGAAACUGAGGGAGUGCGGCGCCGGUCCUUCAAUGACUUCCGCUCUAUCCUUCCGUCCUCGCUCCUCACAGUGUGUCAGAGCGACACUCUGCGUAGACGCACCGGGUCCAACCUGGAUUCCUCUGCACAGGUCUGUACGGACGCAGGAGGCCAUUCUCCCUGCUCUCCUACAACCCCUGGACCACAUUACUUUGAAGGCGCGUACCUCCCGGACAGCAGCACAGUGGACCCUGACUACUUCUUUUCCACCGUCAGCUCCAGUUUCUCGAUGUCUCCUUUAUUCGUGGAUGCGGGGGAGAACGAGACCGAGGUGUCUGUGGAUCUGCUCCGACAGCUCCUUGACAUGGUAAAGAAGUUUGUUUCGGAGUCUUUUUUGAAAGCUCUGGAUGCCACAAUGACAGAAGUUAUAGAGUCCAAUCCUGGAAUCAACCUCUAUUACAAAGCCUUCAGUGACUCUCUCUACGUGUGUGUGUUCAAAAUGCUGCGGGAUACGCUGUACUACAUGAAAGCCCUGCAGUCGGCUUUCGUGCGGGAGGUGCACGACUUUGUCCUGGAGCAGUUUAGCAGCAGUCAGUCCGAGCUGCAGCGGGUGCUUCAUGACACGGGGGGGUUGCCGGGGGAACAGAGCCCCCUCAAACUCCGUUGCCAGGCCAACGCCGCCUGCGUGGACCUCAUGGUGUGGGCUGUCAAAGAUGAGCAAGGAGCUGAGAAUUUGUGCUCCAAACUCUCAGAGAAGCUGCAGUCGAAAACGUCCAGUAAAGUCAUCAUUGCUCAUAUGCCGCUGCUCAUCUGUUGCCUGCAGGGUCUUGGUCGACUGUGUGAGAGGUUUCCUGUAGUUGCUCACUCAGCCACAACUUCUCUCAGGGAUUUUCUGGUGGUUCCCUCCCCUGUUCUUAUAAAGCUCUACAAGUAUCACAGCCAGUAUAACACAGGUGCAGGAGAGAUCAGAAUAAACGUGACCAAUGAACAUUCUCAGUCCACCUUCAACGUCUUAUCGAACAGGAAAGACCAGCCGUCCAUGUACGAGCAGCUCAGAGACAUUUCCAUUGACAACAUCUGCAGAUGCCUGAAAGCUGGUCUGACGAUGGACCAUGUGAUAGUUGAGGCCUUCCUGGCCAGUCUGUCCAACCGUCUUUAUAUUUCACAGGAGAAUGACAAGGAUGCCCAUUUAAUUCCAGAUCACACUAUUCGAGCACUGGGCCACAUUGCAGUGGCCCUGAGAGACACUCCCAAAGUCAUGGAGCACAUCCUACAAAUCCUUCAACAAAAGUUCUGCCAGCCUCCGUCACAGCUGGACGUUCUCAUCAUCGACCAGCUGGGCUGCAUGGUCAUUACGGGCAAUCAAUACAUCUAUCAGGAGGUGUGGAACCUGUUCCAGCAGAUCAGCGUGAAGGCCAGCUCAGUAGUUUAUUCAGCUACCAAAGACUACAGGGAUCACGGCUACAGGCACUGCUCCCUGGCAGUGAUCAACGCGCUGGCCAACAUCGCCGCCAACCUGCAGGGGGAGCAGCUGGUGGAUGAACUGAUGGUGAACCUUCUAGAGCUGUUUGUACAACUGGGCCUGGAAGGAAAGCGGGCCAGCGAGCGGGCCUCAGACAAGGGGCCGGCGCUGAAGGCAUCGAGCAGCGCUGGAAACCUGGGAGUCCUCAUUCCGGUCAUCGCUGUGCUCACCAGGAGACUGCCGCCGAUCAAAGAGGCCAAACCACGUCUCCAGAAACUCUUCAGGGACUUCUGGUUGUACUCUGUGGUGAUGGGCUUUGCUGAGGAAGGCUCAGGGCUGUGGCCAGAGGAGUGGUACGAAGGCGUGUGUGAGAUCGCCACCAAGUCUCCCCUCCUCACGUUCCCCAGUGGAGAACCUCUUCGCUCCGAGCUGCAGUACAACUCUGCUCUGAAAAACGACACGGUGACGCCGGCUGAGUUGAGCGAGCUGCGAGCGACCAUCAGCAACCUCCUGGACCCGCCUCCGGAAGGAUCUGCCCUCAUUAACAAGCUGGACUUCGCCAUGUCCACAUACCUGCUGUCGGUCUACAGAUUAGAAUACAUGAGGAUGCUGCGCUCCAACGAUCCCGACAGAUUCCAGGUCAUGUUUCGAUACUUUGAAGACAAAGCGAUCCAGAAAGACAAAUCCGGUAUGAUGCAGUGCAUUAUUUGUGUUGGAGACAAGGUGUUCGAUGUCUUCCUGCAGAUGAUGGCGGAGAAGCCAAAGACCAAAGAGCACGAGGAGGAACUAGAGCGACACGCGCAGUUCUUGCUGAUCAACUUCAACCACACUCACAAGAGGAUCCGCAGAGUGGCAGACAAAUACCUCUCUGGUUUGGCCGAGACAUUCCCUCAUCUGCUGUGGAGCGGGCGGGUGCUGAAGACCAUGCUGGACAUUCUGCAGACGCUCUCGCUGUCACUCAGUGCCGACAUUCACAAGGAUCAACCAUACUACGACAUUCCAGACACUCCCUACAGGAUCACUGUUCCUGACACGUACGAAGCCCGAGAGAGCAUUGUAAAGGACUUUGCUGCACGCUGUGGUGAGAUCCUAAAAGAAGCAAUGAAAUGGGCUCCUUCUGUCACAAAGUCCCACCUUCAGGAAUACCUGAACAAGCAUCAGAUCUGGGUUUCAGGACUGUCCCAGCACACCGGCCUCGCCAUGGCCACAGAGAGCAUUUUGCACUUCGCAGGCUACAACAGACAGAGCACAACGCUGGGCACCACUCAGCUGACGGAGAGACCAGCUUGUGUGAAGAAGGACUACUCCAACUUCAUGGCAUCACUCAACUUGCGCAAUCGCUACACAGGAGAGGUGGCCGGUAUGAUCCAGUUCUCAGAGGCGACUCAUAGCCAGUCAGACCUCAACAAGCUCAUGAUCUAUCAGAUGACCAGUGCCCUGGACAGGAAAGACCCCGAGGCCUUCACGCAGGCCAUGUUCAAAAUGGCUGCGUUGCUCAUAACCACCAAAAACUGUGAUCCUCUGCUCCUGCACCACCUGUGUUGGUCUCCACUGAAGAUGUUCACAGAACAUGGCAUGGAAACCGCCAUCGCCUGCUGGGAAUGGCUCCUGGCUGCACACAACGGAGUGGAGGUGCCGUUCAUGCGUGAGAUGGCAGGAGCUUGGCAGAUGACGGUGGAGCUGAAGAUGGGCCUGUUUUCUGAAGCGAAGGUGGAGGCUGGUCCUCUGGCUGUUUCAGAGGAGAGUCAGCCUGCACCCUGUGCACCUGACGUCAUCCCUCACUUCCUCUGGAUAGAGUUUUUGGUGCAGAGGUUCGAGAUAGCGAAGUACAGCAGCGCUGACCAGGUGGAGAUUUUCACCACCAUUCUGCAGAGAUCUCUGUGUCUGAAUGUCGGAGGGUCUAAAAGCAGCCUGAACCGACACGUGGCAGCCAUUGGACCAAGAUUCCGGCUGUUGACUCUUGGUUUGAAUCUUCUACAUGCUGAUGUUGUGACAAAUGCAACAAUUAGAAACGUGCUUCGAGAGAAAAUCUAUUCUACGGCGUUCGACUACUUCAGCGCUGCUCCUAAAUUUCCCACUCAGACAGACAAGAGGCUCAGAGAAGACAUCAGUAUAAUGAUAAAGUUCUACGCCAGCCUACAGUCGGACAAGAAGUAUCUGACUGCCCACCAGCUGGUUCCUCCAGAUCCACAGGACAUGUCUGUGAACAGCCUGUCUGUGGUGGCCGUGACGGACAGCAGGAGCAGCCUGGACGCCGCAGUGGGUCAGAGGCAGCAGGUGGCGCAGGGAUGGAUCAACACCUACCCGCUGUCGUCUGGGAUGUCCACCAUAUCCAAGAAAUCAGGACUGUCUAAAAAAAGCAACAGAGGCACCCAGCUGCACAAGUACUACAUGAAACGCAGGACUCUCCUACUGGCUCUACUGGCCAGCGAGAUCGAGCGCCUGACCAUAUGGUACAACCCGCUAUCCACGCAGGAGCUCGCUAUCUCCACGGAGAUAUCUGUGGAGACCAGCAUCGCCAACUGGAGGUCCAAAUACAUCAGUCUGACGGAAAAACAGUGGAAGGACAACGUGAACCUGGCCUGGAGCAUAGCGCCUUACCUCGCCCUGCACCUGCCUGCCAGGUUUAAGAACACGGAGGCCAUUGUCUCUGAGGUGACUCGUCUGGUGCGGCUGGAUCCAGCGGCCGUGUGCGACGUUCCCGAAGCGGUGAAGUUUCUGGUGACGUGGCACACGAUUGAUGCUGACUCUCCGGAGCUGAGUCACAUCCUGUGCUGGGCCCCGACCGACCCCCCCACCGGCCUGUCCUACUUCUCCUCCAUGUACCCCCCCCACCCCCUCACAGCCCAGUACGGGGUCAAAGUGCUCCGGUCGUUCCCUCCUGACGUCAUUCUGUUUUACAUUCCCCAAAUUGUCCAGGCGCUUCGCUAUGACAAGAUGGGUUAUGUGAGAGAGUACAUCCUCUGGGCCGCGCAGAAGUCCCAGCUGCUCGCUCACCAGUUCAUCUGGAACAUGAAGACCAACAUCUACCUGGACGAGGAGGGACACCAGAAAGACCCCGACAUCGGUGAGCUGUUGGAGCAGAUGGUGGAGGAGAUCACCGGCUCUCUGUCCGGCCCGGCCAAAGACUUCUACCAGCGAGAGUUUGACUUCUUCAACAAGAUCACCAACGUGUCGGCCAUUAUUAAGCCGUUUCCCAAGGGGGAGGAGAGGAGGAGGGCCUGUCUGGAGGCCAUGUCACAGAUUAAGGUCCAAGCGGGCUGUUACCUUCCCAGCAACCCCGAAGCCACAGUAUUGGAUAUAGACUAUAAGUCUGGGACCCCAAUGCAGAGUGCCGCUAAAGCUCCUUAUCUGGCCAAGUUCAAGGUUAGGAGAUGUGGCGUCAGCGAGCUGGAGAAAGAAGGAAUGCGAUGUCGCUCGGAUUCUGUGGAUGAAGCAAAGAAUGAGGAGGAGGCCCGGAGGAUCUGCUGGCAGGCGGCCAUCUUUAAAGUUGGAGACGACUGCCGACAGGACAUGCUGGCUCUUCAGAUAAUCAGCCUGUUCAAGAACAUCUUCCAGCUCGUGGGCCUGGACCUCUACGUGUUCCCUUACAGGGUGGUGGCCACAGCUCCAGGAUGUGGCGUAAUUGAGUGCAUCCCAGACUGCAAGUCUCGUGACCAGCUGGGCCGUCAGACAGACUUCGGCAUGUACGACUAUUUCAGGAACCAGUACGGUGAUGAGUCCACGCUAGCGUUCCAGAAGGCGCGGUACAACUUCAUCCGCAGCAUGGCCGCGUACAGCUUGCUGCUUUUCCUGCUGCAGAUAAAGGACCGACACAAUGGCAACAUCAUGCUGGACAGCCAGGGCCACCUCAUCCACAUCGACUUUGGCUUCAUGUUUGAGAGCUCUCCCGGGGGGAACCUCGGCUGGGAGCCAGACAUCAAGCUCACUGACGAGAUGGUGAUGAUCAUGGGUGGCAAGAUGGAGGCGACGCCCUUCAAGUGGUUCAUGGAGAUGUGUGUGAGAGGAUACCUGGCUGUUAGGCCCUACAUGGAUGGAGUGGUCUCCUUGGUCACCCUCAUGCUGGACACUGGCCUGCCGUGCUUCAGAGGUCAGACCAUCAAGCUGCUCAAGCAGCGCUUCAACCCGGGUUUGAGCGAAAAGGACGCAGCUGCCUUCAUUAUCAAAGUCAUCCAGAACUGCUUCCUCAGCAACAGGAGUAGAACCUACGACAUGAUCCAGUAUUACCAAAACCAGAUCCCGUACUAACGCCUGUGCCUCCGUGUGUGUGUGUGUGUGUGUGUGUGUGUGUGUGUGUGUGUGUGUGUGUGUGUGUGUGUGUGUGUGUGUGUGUGUGUGUGUGUGUGUGUGUGUGUGUGUGUGUGUGUGUGCGCGCGUGUGCGUGUGUGUGUGUGUGCGCGCGCGCAUGUUUACGUCUGUAAAUGUUUACGGAUUGUGAUUUGCUGUUUUUGCUGAUUGUCGGAUGUUGUCUUACUUUUUUGCUUCCUCUCCAAACUUAUUUUCUUUACACGUAUAUUUGUUUAUUUAUUAUGUUUUAAUGAAAUCAAUGUUGUUAAUAAUCAAUGUAAAACUAUUGCACUAUUGCAUCGUGACUUUUGUGCACUUAAAGAAAAUUCUCUUCAUGAUCUGCACGUUUAUCGGAGUUUGUGCCAGUUUUAAAUGGUUCCCAAUGUUCAUGAAUGUGGAUUCUCAGAGCUGUUAAAUUUAGAUGGGGUUUAAAAUGUAAUGGGAUACUUGAAGUAGCUGAAGUACUAUGGUUUCACUUCUGACCAAUGUGGCCUAUUCUGUCAUCAUGUACUCGACUGUACUACUGUGCUUCUUUUCAGUGGACCACUCGGUGUCUUUCUUCGUCGCAUGGUACCUGUUCUGCAUUUAACACUGUAUAGAUUGUUUUUCAGGUUCCUGUAUUUUCAAUUAUUACUGAAAUGAUGCUCGUGAAUUCUGGGGAACAGUCAGACUGAGUUUUGUACAUUCAGCUUUGCCAAAGGGGGGAAGGGAAGAUAUUGCACAUAAACUAGUUGUUUGUGAACGACGGGCACAGCAGCGUCGGCCAGUGGCAUGAAGUCAGGCGUUAACGACCAUGUAGCUUGUGUCCAGUGUAGCUUUUGGUGAAAGUUAUAUAAGUGCUGUGCCACACGUUUCUAUGGUUGCCUAAUGCUUUAUGAAACGUUCUGUAAAGACUAUGCCUCUUUGUAAAUUUAUACCCAUGACUCAUUUUCUGCCUCCUUUUCUAUCUUCAUGACUUUUGAAUGAGAAUGCGCUAUAAGAUAUGGAAUCGAAUAAAGAUCUAUUAACUUUAAGAA